AUGGAGGAGACUAGGGUGGCAAGCUUGAGUUCCUCACCGUCUCGACACUCAAGCUCGCUGCCCAGGCCCAUAGGACGCCGAAUUAGCACGUUCUUUGCACGCGCUUUCCGACACAAGGAGACUGCACAUGUUUCAGAAGAAGGCGAUGAUGCUGUUACGCCGGAGACCGAUCUUAGCAUCGGUGAGAGCGAUUCAACCCUGGAUAGUCGGCACCCCUCUCCAUGGACGUCUACUUCGGCGACACCGCUCUCGACGCCUGGCACCUCUAUCGCACAUGGUGAUCUCAGGUCAGACCCGCCUUGUGCUUCUCGACCAAAUGAGAAGAAGCGACUUUCUUGGUUCGGCUCGACACCAGCUUUGCAGUGGACCUCAUAUCGGGCGCCCGUCUCCGGUGAUGGCCCGUCACCGCCGCCCACUCGCGUCUUACGCAACAAGCCACCUCUUCAUCCUCGCUCCAGCUCUUGGUCCUCUUCAUCAGGCAGCUCUGCCAUUCGGUGCUCCCUCGAGCACGUUUCCAAGACAGCCUCGUCGAGAGGAGCAAUUGAGCAAGCGCCUCAACAAGGUAUUUCGGCGCUGGUCCCGAACGCUCAAUUCCUGGGGCUCAUGCUGCUCGUGAUCCUACUCAUCUCUUCACCACUCAUCAAGGUCCUCUCCGUCUUGCUCUUUAUCGUCGUGGUUUCGCUCGAUGAUUCUUGA